AUUCUCUCCACCCACCACCAUCAUCGCAUCGGUCCUUCGGUAGUUCCUCUCUCUUCCCCGUUCUCUCUCUCUCUCAUGACGACUGCCAACAUCGACACGAUCGCCGCCUCGCUGCGCGACUGCAGUCUGGCCAGCUCCGGAGGCAACGGGGGAGACCGAUCGCCGCAGCACCUCGCCGACUUCAUCGCCGCCGGGGAGAUCACGUUGGACCUCAACUCCGACUCCGCCCUCCCCUGCCAUUGGGAGCAGCGCCUCGACAUGCGGACGGGUGAAAUCUAUUACAUCAAUUGGAAGACCGGUAUCAAGGCGACGGCCGACCUGCGCCCUUCCACCUCUGCUGCCGCCGCUCCGGCCUACUCCUCCUCAGACGAAGAAGCAACGUCGGACGAGUACAGCUGCGUCUCGUGCAUCGGCAGCGGCGCUUCCUACGACGAGGACGACGACGACCACAGUGACGACUCCUCCAGCGUGUCCUCCGCCUCCCCUCCGCCUCCCGCCCAUGUCCUCGUCGCCGCUGGUUGCAAGGGCUGUUUCAUGUACUUCAUGGUGCCAAAGCAUGCCGACGCUUGCCCCAAGUGCGGCGGCGGCGGCCUCCUCCACCUCGGCCUCAAUGGCUCCAUCUGAAACAUCAACUUUCCCCACCAAGUUCGAUUUUUUUUUUCCUCCGCAUCAUCGAUAUGUAAAAACCAUUAUAAUCAUUGCGGUAUCACCUCCUGCUUUUAAUCAAAUCCAUGACUGGUUUCCGACC